UCAACCUUCUUCUGCUGCUGGUUUUUUGCGAUUUUACCCUUCACGAGAAUUAUGUUCUUAUUUCUUUUCUGGGUCUUGAAAAGGGUUCGUGAAAGCAGACUGUUUGGUUUCAAAAAAGUUAGUUCUACUGAACCAGAGAAGAAAACGCCAUUGUCGACUCGCUGCACUUUAAAAAAUCUUGUUCUUGAUCAAGAAAACUUGUACAGAGCCUAUGGCAAUGGCUUCUGUGAGUUUGUUAGUCAUCCGAGUCCUGUGGUUUUUUCGUCGGCAAGGCCCGUUAGUGAGCUCAAUGCAGCAGCUCUUAGAAUUCAGAAAUUCUACAAGAGCUAUCGAACUCGACGCAACCUUGCAGAUUGUGCUGUUGUUGUUGAAGAAUUAUGGUGGAAAGCUUUGGACUUUGCAGCUUUAAAGCGGAGUUCCGUGUCGUUUUUCUGCAACAACAAGCCCGAGAGCGCAGUCUCUCGAUGGAGCCGAGCUCGUACCAGAGUUGCAAAGGUCGGGAAAGGCCUGUCUCAAGACAAAAAUGCUCAAAAACUAGCCAUUUGUCACUGGCUCGAAGCAAUUGAUCCACGCCAUCGUUAUGGUCACAAUUUGCAGUUAUACUACAAGGUUUGGUUUACUAGCCAAAGCUCACAACCUUUCUUUUAUUGGUUGGAUGUUGGAGAUGGUAGAGAAAUAAUGGUAGAAAAAUGUCCCAGAAACGUAUUACAUUAUCAAUGCAUCAAAUAUCUAGGACCUAAAGAGAGGGAAGAGUACCAAGUGAUUAUCGAAAACGGGAAGUUAAUGUACAAACAAAGUCGAAGAUUAGUGAAAACCAUCGAUGGAACUAAAUGGAUCUUUGUACUUUGUACAUCAAGAAUAUUGUACGUUGGUCAAAAGGAAAAGGGUCGAUUUCAACAUUCUAGUUUUCUAGCCGGAGGAGCCACUACUGCUGCCGGGAGGAUGGUUGUUCACGAUGGAGUCCUUGAGGCUAUAUGGCCCUACAGUGGUCAUUAUCACCCAACGGAAGAAAACUUCAAAGAGUUCAUUUGUUUUCUUGAACAACAUCAAGUGGAUUUGACUAAUGUCAAGAAAUGUCCUCUAGAUGACGAUGAUCCAUUUCUCAAUGUUACUUGCAAAGAGAAGUCCAAGUCUAAUAAAACACGCGGAAAUCCACCAGUAAACAUCAAACCUUUAAAUGAAAAUGUCAAAUAUCAUUGCGAGAAAAUGGGAUUACAAGAACAAAGAAACGUCAAAUCCCCAAAAUGGACAUCCGGGGUAGGUCCGAGGAUUGGGUGUGUAAGAGAAUACCCAACAAAACUACAAUUUCAAGCACUUGAACAAGUCAAUCUGUCACCAAGAAAAGUUUCUUCAAUGUUUUCUAGCAAUGGUCCAAUUCCUUCCCCACGACCAAGUCCUCGUGUGCACCUUUCACCAAGACUUGCUAACAUGAGCUGAAACACACUGAGCACAACAACUAAAACUUGGACCGAUAAUUAUAGGAUUAACAAUUGAUAUGAUAGUAAUUAAUAUCUGAAAGAGUUCUCGGAUGAAGUUAAAUGAUCUCUUCGAAAUUGAAAAGUUGUUUGGAGAAUAUUGGAUUAAUUAACAUAAAGCGUAGGGGUGGUAAGAGUACAUAUUAUUCAAUGUAAACGCCUGUGGAAAGUGUGUUUUCGUUUGUUGAUGGGCAGUGCAUGCAUAUACAUUUUCGUCCAUAUUUUAUUAUUAUUGUUAUUAUUCUUUUUGAUUUUAAGAACAUGUUUAUAAUAUUAAUUCUAUGUGGUUUUUUUGCUUGUAAGAAGAACAAGUUUAUAUUAUUAGUUCUUUCGUCAAAAAGUUUAUUAUUAUUCUUUUUCUUAGGCUCGCUCAA